AUGAAGCUGCAACUUGCCAUAUCUCUCCUAGCUGCAUUUGCUGCAGCAAGUCCCAUUCCUCUCCAGGAACGCCAGUCUGCGCCGUCCGGCCAAAAUGAACUGCGUGAUGGCGAUUGCAAGGAUAUAACCCUCAUCUAUGCCCGCGGCUCGACGGAGUCGGACUACCUGGGCUCACUCGGAGUCGAGGUCUGCGAUGGCCUCAAAUCGCUGAACCCUGACCAGGUUGCGUGUCAGGGUGUUGCUCCGGAGUAUGAAGCGGACCUGGGAUCCAACCUUCUUCCCAAAGGAACUUCCGAGGCGGCGAUUAGUGAGGCUGUAGAGCUUUUCGAGCUUGCGGCGUCUAAGUGUCCCGAUACUAAGGUUCUUGCGGGUGGUUAUAGUCAAGGAGCAGCGGUAAUGCACGGUUCCGUCUCGACUCUCUCUAGCAGUGUGCAGAACCAGAUCAGUGGUGUCGUGCUAUUUGGGGAUACGCGCAAUGAACAGGAUGGUGGCCAGAUUCCGAACUUCUCGACUGAUAAGACGAAGAUUUAUUGUGCAGAGGGGGAUAAAGUGUGUGAGGGGACUCUGAUUAUUACUGAUGCGCACUUCUCUUAUAGUGCAGAUGUACCGGAUGCUCUUGAAUUUCUGGCUGGGAAGAUUUAG